AUGAAUCUACUCCAGUAUUGCGACCGGUCUAGUGAGAAAUUAUGUUUUACCUCAAUAACACAAUUACCACCAUCAAUAGUAGAAUUCCAUCGUCUACGAGAACUUGUGUUGGCAAAUAAUCAGCUAAAGACGUUACCAGAAGAAUUGGCUAACUUGCAAAACCUUAAGAUAUUGGAUGUAUCACACAAUGCAUUGACGAAGUUCCCGUCUGUUGUUUGUAACUGCCUAACAUUACACGGUUUAAGCGUUGCAGACAAUAAGUUGAAAACAAUACCUGCAAAUAUUUCCAGAUUGCAACAACUAAACCACAUCGAUGUUUCAUACAACCGCAUCAAGUCAAUACCGUCAGAACUUUGGACAUUAAGACAGCUUAAAGUGGUUAAUAUGAAUAACAAUUUAAUCUCAUCUAUAUUACCGAAUAUACGGAGACUAUGUCAACUUUAUUGGCUGGGACUAGCUAACAAUGUCAUCCAAUCAAUCCCUGAUGAAAUAGGAAACCUCGACCAUCUUCGGUUUUUGGAUCUGCGAAACAAUCGUCUACAUGGAGUACCACAAGGAAUAUACGAUAUUAUAAGUUUGGCAACGCUGUUACUCGAUGGAAACCCAAUGUACACACAAACAAGACAUUAUCCAGUGAAAACGACAGAGAAAGUAGUCACCGUGGAGUUAGACAAUGAGAAAACUGUGUCUUACAGUAUCGGAAAUGGAUUUUCCCUUUCGGUUCCUCCUGGAUCAGUUCAGAGUCCAAUUCAUCUGACUAUCACAACAUUACAAGACAAUUGUUUAAAGAAAAUGUUGGGUGACUACGAAAUGAUUGAAUCAGACAUAAUUGAAAUCUCGCCUAAUACAUAUGAGUUCAUACAACCAGUAACACUAGGAUUUAAAUGUCCAUCUAUGAAUUCGAAAUCGCUCUGUAUUAAGACAAUCGGUGGUAGGAAGAAAUGGAAAAAUGUGUCUACAAAACAGACAACAGAUGGUGUGUUAGCAAAAAUACGUAAAUGUGCCAUGUUUGUCGUGUUAUCAACUCCUAAAGUGCAAAAGUGUAACGUUAAUGAUCAAGGUGGUAGAAUUGUAUCUGAAAUUACAGAGGAUGUAGUUAUUGACUUUCCCCCAAAUGCUGUAAUGGAUGACAUGUGCCUGUCUAUGACGGUACAUAUUCCUGACCCAAGCUUAACAGUGACUCAUGACUCGUGUAUCAAAGAUAAUGUUAUAUUCGGUCCAAUUGUUCAAAUAAAUGAGAAGAAUAAAGAAAAGAUACGCUUUGAGAAAGAUGUAAAGUUCAGUCUUCCUGUGCCACCGUCAAAAGAAGAUCAGUUCCAACCACGAACUGUAAUGGUGUUUUGUGAUUCUGGUGAUGGUCAUUGGAAAUUGAUAACAAAAGAACACAUGGUUGGCUCAGAGAAGACCACUGAAUUCAACGUACGCCAUUUUUCAGGAUACACAUCGAUAUCAAUGCCUCGGAGAUCAUCCAGCUCUAAAUGGCUGACAAGAAAAUGUGAAAAACUGUUAGAAGUUAUAAAAUUGGGCGUUUUUAAAGUACAGCUCAUUCUUAUGCAAAAGAAAGAUAACCCGAGGAUGUUAGUCCUCAGUUUAGUGAAAGUACGUGAACUUGACACGAAGCUUAACAAGUUAAAAGAACUUGGAUAUAAUAACAACGGACUACCAUACAGCAAUGUUUUUGAGAUGGUGAAUGGAGAUAUGAUAUCGAUUGCUGUUGAUGAGAGAUUUGUCAUUGAGUCAGCCGACACACCCACAUUUACUGAAAAUGGAUUAAAUGAUUAUGAAAUAAUAGUAAGUCUGAAGUCACAUAGAAAUAGCAGAGUUCAAGGUGGUGUGAUUGGUCACUUGGAAUGUACAUAUGAAGGAAAGGAACAACAACAGGAAAGAACUAAAUGUUGUGGCAUUAGUGAUUCUAUGGGCGAGACACUGACUAUGAAGUUAUCAUUCUGCCUUCCACAGAAUGCAUGGGUUGCAUCAAACACGAGUAAUGUUGAACCAAUGGUACCCUUGAUAGAUACACGGUACACUAACUCUGAUAACAAUGAGGCAGAUGUGGAGCCACGAAAUAAUAAUGACAAUGAAUCAGGUUUGACAGCGUUAACAGAUUUAGUAUCCAGAGAGCUUCCUCUUCAUGAAUGGAAGAGCUUCGGUCGUCUGAGACUUGGCUUGAAAGACAUAGAAUUAGAAAAUAUUGCCUAUGAUUAUCGUGAUAGUGUGCUAGAGCAGAAAUACCAAAUGCUUUACCUUUGGACGCGAAAAGUCGGAAACGAUGCGUCUGUUUGCAGACUAUAUUCUUAUCUACAAGAACAUAAACUGUGCAGAGCUGCUGACAAGUUGAAACAAUUCGUAACUGCAGAUAAAAACUAG